CGGAUUCAGUGCCUAACGCGCCCGCCCGCAUAAUCUUUUUCUCCCCCGCCGGUCUCAGAUGUGGUUGGAACCACUGGGGGCGCCUGCGUAGGGAAGGGGAGAUGGAGUCAGUCAGCCGACGGGUUCCUCGUAAUUGACGGCCGGAUGGGGGCAGGAGAGGAAUCCUCUCGACGGUCCCUCCCACCGUUUUGGGGAACCGCGGGGGGUGGCGGGCUGGUUUGAACCGCAGCCGGCUGACUCGUGCGGGCGGGCUCAGUUAGAUGAGUGGCCGGGCGCCGUGGCGUAGCAGCGCCAGCGCCGCCUGCCUGAGGUGGAGACAACGCGCGGGCGGGAGUGUUUCUUUCCCCCCUGCCUGCCUGCCGUUCCUCCUCCUCCUCAUCUCCUGGGCUUGGUCACAAGGGCCGAAAAAACGGCGGCUGUGGUAAUGGAGGAGCCGGCAGGGGGUUAGGCUGAGUCGCAGGCGCUACUCGGGGGCUUCCCUUCCUCGAGUGUUUGUUUACUUCUUUCCGUCUCCUUUUGGCCUUCCAUCCCUUUCAUGGCCUUCAUGAUGAUGAAGAAAAAGAAGUUCAAAUUCCGCGUGGAGCUGGAGCUGGACGAGCUCUCCUCGGUGCCCUUCGUCAACGGGAUCCUCUUCUGCAAGGUGCGGCUGCUGGACGGAGGCAGCUUCAGCGGAGAGUCCUCGAGGGAAGUGGUGCAAGCAAACUGUGUCCAUUGGAAGAAGAGGUUCUUAUUUAUGUGUAAAAUGAGUGCAAGUGCCACUACAGGGGUUUUGGAUCCCUGCAUCUGCAGAGUGUCUGUGCGGAAGGAAUUAAAAGGUGGGAAGGCUUAUGCAAAGCUGGGUUUUGCAGACCUCAACCUGGCAGAGUUCGCUGGAUCAGGAAAUACCACUCGUCGCUGUUUACUGGAAGGUUACGAUACCAAAAACACAAGACAGGAUAAUUCAAUUCUCAAAGUCUUGAUCAGCAUGCAGCUAAUGUCUGGAGACCCAUGCUUUAAAACGCCCCCAUCCACAGCAAUGUCUAUAACAAUUGCUGGAGAACCAGAAUCCCUAAAUGAAGAUAGGAAAGGCGUAGAGAACACAAAAGCAUCACACCUAACUAUAUCAGAUCUUGCAACCAAGAGCACUUCUGUCUCAGACGAACUUGGAGCAUGUGGGCAUUCUAGAACCUCCAGCUAUGCAAGCCAGCAGUCAAAAGUUUCAGGAUAUAGCACCUGCCACUCCAGGUCAUCCAGUUUCUCUGACCUUUGCCAUAAGAGAAAUACUUCUGUGGGAAGUACAUCAACUGGUAUUGGUAGUAUUCUAGAGCCAUGUGAAGAGGCUGAAUCCAAAAAGACUGAAGAUAAUUUGGAAGUUCCCAUGAAAGAUGCACCCUCUGAAAAGUUCAACAGGCAUCCAGUGAAACAAGAUUCUGUGGAAUCACAGCUAAAGAGGGUUGAUGCCACCAGAGUUGAUGCAGAUGAUAUUGUUGAAAAAAUUCUGCAGAGUCAAGACUUCAGUUUGGACUCAAGUGCAGAAGAGGAAGGACUAAGACUUUUUGUAGGUCCUGGAGGGAGCACUGCCUUUGGAAGUCAUCACUUACCUAAUAGAGUGGGAUCAGGAGCAUAUGAACAAGUGGUGAUUAAACGCUAGAAGAACUGAUCUAAAAUGGCAGAACGCUUGGAACUCCAGAACUUGCUUGCUUCCCAAUAUUAUUGAAGAUGGGUUCUGAAAUGCAAGCUUCCAUUGGCCUGAGUUGUCAGUUUGGGUUUCUCAUAUGGAAAGUUCCCUCUUUUGUAUCUACCUGUGGUAUAAGGGCAAUUUUUGUUCUAGUGCUUUACCAGCCAUUGUAAAUGUGAUGGUGUUACAUUGUUCUAUAUGUAAAUCAAACACUUUUUUUUGGAGAUAGUAGAAAUGGUAUUUAACCGAAUAUAAAGCGUUGAAAUCAAUUGUCAGUGUGUGGAAAACAUUCUCUAUUUGCAGUUUGGCUGCUGUUGUUUUUUAAGCCCUAAAAGUCAAAAGCAUUAUCCAUUUUAGUCUGCUUCAGACAGUAAGAAUCUUACUCUGUAGUAUUAGCUAGUUGUUCCUGUCAAACCAGAAUUACUACAAAAUGGGAACUGCUGCUUCAAGGAAGUGAGCCAGUCAGCGGUGCUUUGAGGAAAUAAGACUAAAUACUGCUACAAAUGUGUGCAACUUUAAGGCUGAGUCACAUGUAAGGAGUACAAGUUUAUAACUGAAAAAUGAGCUAUUAGCUUUGACAAAAUUGAAUAAGAAUUCAUAUAUUGAAUUACUCUAUACUGCACAGUACUCAAUGCUGACAAGAUGUUUGCCCUUAGAAUUAGCUUUGAAUAGUUUAAGACUGUACUGAAUGACAUUUAAUUCAUACUAGGGAGAGAAAGUACUACAUCACAGGUGACCUCAUUCAAUAAUAUUUAGUGGAAAGCUUGGAGCAUACACUAGUUUAGCUCAUACAAUAUCUAGUUGAAUAAUUUAACGUUUGAAAGAGAGCCUUGUUCCUGAGGAAAAAUGAGAGUCUGGGAACAAUUUCUUAUUAAGCUUUAAGAACAACCAGUAAACCGCUGACUGAACCCUGUCAGCUUAAGCUGUCAAGAAAAGCACUUUAUAUAAUUUUCUUCAUCUGAAACCCAACUCUUGUAUGUUAAUUAGAAUGGCUAAUUCAGGCCCAAUUUAAAUGAGGCAUGGCUAUGAACAAAUAAAUGACCUCUGUGCUUGCUCCAUUGGAUAAGUGUUUUCCCUCUAGCGGGUAUGUGCAUGAUGUUUGCCAGAGCCAUAAAUUCUACAUAGGCGAGGGCAUAGAGUAGGUACUCUUUAAAUGCAGUGCUGGCCAUACAUAAUACCUAUAUGGGUGAGACCUUUGCUGCUCAAAGCUGUGUCUCAUUUGAAAUCAGGCCACAUUUUAGCCCAUUCUUUCAUUUCACUGGAACUUGUCUAACCAUUUCUGGAAGAAUUGUGUCUGGUGUGUAUAAAUUUGCACAAAUGGCAAGUGAAGUGUGCCUAUGCAACAGUUUCUACAAAGCAUUGUCUUAAACAGUCCAUUUUAUUUUUGUAAAUAAAUUAUACGGUUUCAGGGUGAAGUCUGCCAACAAUUCAGAAAUAUUUGUUGGUUAGUAAGCAGGCUUGCGAUGUCGCAAAUGUUGGUCACUAGAAUUAAUAAAUAUGCUUCAAAGAACUUUGAAUAAGUUACUGUUAUUUUUAUUUCAUGUGUGCAAAACAUUGAAUGUUCCCUGAAACUGGUCAAUGUUCAGUAUCUUUCUGAAGAAACAUAAUGGAAAACUUCUUUAGCUAAAUGAAGGAAUUUUAUAUGUUUGAGAUUUAAUUUUAUAAAUGCCAUAACUCAUUUUUAUUAUUUAAAUCAUAUGUGUGAAUUGUUAAAAUGAAAACUUUUUCUUCUGUAUUAUGGUACCUUGAAAUAACUUUGUCACUGCUUUAUAAAACAUUUUAUUAAGCCUAAACUGUUUGGAGUUUAAGUAAAGAUUUAAUUUUUAAAAUCUGCUGUUACAAUAAUGCACAGAGAAUGCACAACAAAAUUUAUUUUGAAGCAUGCUGUGAUCUAGGUUAAAUUUAGCUUGCUAACAGUGUGUUAAAUUGGAAUGAGGGGGAAAUACAAGGGGUAAACAACUGACUUAAAGUCAGUCAGCACAAAGGAACGGUCAUGUUUAACUUAAUGUUCCAUAAUUAUAUAGAUAUGUCUAUAUAUCGCUUGUGUAUUCAAAUGCAAUGCUGGUCAGUCACAAUGAAAACCACAUUCCCUGAUUUUUAGAGCUUACACGAAGGCAAUUUCUGUUGCACUCAUCAUACUGGCAUUUUUUAAAAAAACCAUAUAUUAGUUCCAUUAAAUAUUUGAACUAUCAUGCACUUUAGUCAACUGAGCCAUUUUAAUGAAGUGAUUCCAUUUGUGUCCCUGAGACAUGGAAAAUGACCUUCAUAUGGCACUAAUUUUGUGUAAACUGUACAGUGAUAUUCAAAAUUAACAUUUUUUAGUAAAAUCCAAUUUUUUUACCAUAACACUUGAUGUAGAAAGUGGUCUUACAAAUUCAAUAAAAGUGUUGUCUUCAAUCUGCA